AUGCGCGACGACAUCGAGAGGGCCGAGUCGACCAUGUCGUCCACGGCCUCGGCACCCGAAACCGACCCGGAGAAGAAGGACCAGCCCCAGGAGCUGUCCGAGACGGACCUUGAAGCUGCUGUUCAGACCCGGCCGCUGGAGAAGACGGUGUCGAGGAAGUCGAAGCACUCGAUAAACAAUGUUUCGUCGGUGCCGAAUGGAGGCCUGCUCGCCUGGCUGCAGGUCCUGGGCGCCUUCUUCCUGUUCUUCAAUUCUUGGGGCAUUGUGAACUCGUUCGGCAGCUACCAGACCUACUACGAAAGCGACCUGUUGAAAGACUCGAACCCUUCGGCCAUCUCAUGGAUCGGCUCUGUGCAGGCCUACUUGCUCAUGCUCGUCGGCGCUCUGACCGGGCCCAUCUACGACGCAGGUUAUUUCCGCCACCUCCUCGUCAUCGGCUCCUUCCUCGUUGUCUUCGGCCAGAUGAUGCUCAGUCUCUGCACCGCCUACUGGCAGGUUCUGCUGGCGCAAGCCUUCUGCAUUGGAGCCGGCACAGGCUGCCUUUUCGUGCCCAGCGUUGCCAUUCUCAGUACCUACUUCACCACACGCCUCGCCACGGCAACCGGCAUCGCUGCCGCUGGCAGCAGUAUUGGUGGCGUCAUCUAUCCCAUCCUCUUGCACCGCCUGAUCGGCCCCAUUGGCUUCCCCUGGACAGCGCGCAUCAUCGGCUUCAUCGCCCUCGCCACGCUGCUCGUUCCCAAUCUCUGCAUGAAGGUCCGCGUGCUCCCAGCCUCGCGCCGCAAGAUGCUCGACCUACCCGCCUUCAAGGAGCCGCCGUAUGUGCUCUUCAUCUUCGGUGCCAUGGUUGUCUUCAUGGGCCUGUACACGCCCUUCUUUUACAUCCAGCUCUACGCCCUCGAUCGGAGCAUCACGUCGGAGAACCUGGCCUUCUACAUGCUGUCCAUCAUGAAUGCGUCGUCGACCUUCGGCCGCAUCUUCCCCAACAUGCUGGCCGACCGCAUCGGUCGCUUCAACACCAUCGCCCCGUGCGCCUUGCUGUCGGGCGUGCUGAUCCUCUGCCUGAUCGCUGUGAAAAACCUCGGCGGCCUCGUCGUCUUCUGCGUGCUCUAUGGCUUCUUUUCUGGUACCUUCGUCAGCCUGCCUCCGCCCAUCCUCGUCCUGCUCAGCCCCGAUCGCAGCAAGAUCGGCACUCGCAUGGGUCAGGCCUUCUCAUGCAUCGCCAUCGGCAUUCUGGUCGGCACACCCAUCGGAGGCGCCAUCCAGAGUAAGCAUGGCUUUACUGCUUUGUGGCUCUUUGGUGGCAUCGUCACCAUCGGAGCAUACGCCCAGAUCCUCCACCCAUCCGCCGGCUCUCUCCGUAUUCUCGUCACCCCGGGGCCUAACUGCGAGGAGACGCAGAGCGAUGGCAACGGCGGCUCGCUCGUCUCAAGCCACGCAAGCGUGCAGCUGGCCUUUGUCGGCCCGUCCAACACUCGUGCACACGUCGCCCUCUACGAGCUCGACGUCAGUUACGAAGCGUGGUGUUUUCACGACGAGUGGGGUACUUUUCCCCCGGAAGCGAGGCGCGUGGCUCUGGAAGGAUUGAGGGAGGCUGUUGUGGCGGAUAUGGAGGAGCGUUUCGGCAGAGACUUCCGAGCGCUGACCGUCCAGAAGUGCGUGGAAAGGACGACGCUGGCGAAUGAUGCUGCCGAGGGCUGGCUCGGCGAGGUGCCUCGUAGAAUAUGCCGCUUGUUCGGCCAAGGUGCUUCGACUGCGGCUGUGCAGAGGCCACCGCCGUAUUCAGCGUAG